AUGCAUGCAGCAGCAGCAGCAGCAGCAGCAGCAACAACAGCAGCAGUAACUGAAAACAUGCUGCAUUCGGCGGAGAAGGCAGCCAACGAACUCCUCAAGGUCUCUGCUGCAGUCAAGCAGCAGCUGCUCCUGCUGCUUCUGCUGCUGCUGCAGCUGCUCGUGGUGCUGCAGCUGCUCCUGUCGUCUUGCUGCCUCCACCAGCUGCUGCUGCAGCUCCUCCUUCUCUCGCUGCAGACUCUGCAUGCACCAGCAGCAGCAGCAGCAGCAGCAGCAGCAGCGGAUGGACUGCAGCAGCAAGACCAAAGCCUCAGCAACUGCAGCAACAGUAGCAGCGGCAGCAGUAGCAGUAGCAGUAGAGGAGCUGCAGCAAGCCAGCAGCAAAAGCAGCAGCAGCAGCAGCAGCAGCAGCAACAGCAGCAGCAGCAACAGCAAAAACUGCAGCAAAGAACCCACAGCGUUGGCCUCUUGAAGCCGCUCCAGGCACUUCCGUUCGUUUAUUCCCUGCAGCAGCAGCAGCAGCAGCAGCAGCAGCAGCAGCAGUAG